AUGGGUUUCAAUGCCAAAACCGCCGACGAAGAUUCCGAGUCAAGCGUCCUCCUCCCCACCGUAUCCGCCACCACACCCAAUAAAAUCCCGAAGGACUCGUUCCACUUGGCCUACAUCAUCUACUUCACACUUGGUGCUGGCUACCUCCUCCCAUGGAACGCUUUCAUCACAGCCGUCGAUUACUUCGCCUACCUCUACCCAGAUGAAAGCGUGGACCGUAUAUUCGCCGUCGCGUACUUCGUGGUGGGCCUCGUCUGCCUCCUCUUCGUAAUCUUCUACGCCCACAAGUCCGACGCUUAUGUCCGGAUCAAUGUGGGUUUGGGCCUCUUCGUUGUUUGCCUGCUCAUCGUGCCCCUCAUGGAUGUCUUUUACAUCAAAGGUCGGGUCGGGUUGUACGACGGGUUUUACGUGACGGUUGGAACGGUUGCGCUUUCGGGUUUGGCUGAUGCUUUGGUUCAAGGCUCGCUCAUUGGGGCGGCUAGUGAGUUACCCGAGACUUAUAUGCAAGCCGUUGUGGCUGGGACUGCCGGUUCAGGAGUCCUUGUUUCUGCUCUGAGGAUCAUAACUAAGGCUGUAUAUCCACAAAAUGCUGAUGGCCUGAGAAAAAGCGCAAACCUUUACUUCGCUGUUGGGAUAGUAGUUAUGGUCAUAUGCCUUGUUUUCUACAAUGUGGCACCAAGGCUUCCAGUUAUGAAGUACUAUGCGGAGUUGAAGACUCAGGCUAUAAAUGAGGAGAAGGAAGAGAAUGGUCCUUUGACUGCGUCUGUGUUGAGAUCAACUUUGUGGCACGUAGUUGACAGAGUCAAGUGGUAUGGAUCUGGCAUCAUUCUUAUCUAUGUUGUGACUUUGGCAAUAUUUCCAGGAUAUAUUACUGAAGAUGUACACUCUCAGAUUCUCAAGGAUUGGUACUCAAUCCUCCUUAUUACAGGCUACAAUGUGUUUGAUCUUAUUGGCAAGUCUCUGACUUCUGUAUAUCUCCUUGAAAAUUCUAAGGUUGCGAUCGGCGGCACAGUUAUAAGAUUGCUCUUCUUUCCUCUCUUCUAUGGGUGCUUGCAUGGCCCCAAAUUCUUCCGAACAGAGAUUCCAGUGACAGUACUUACUUGCCUUUUGGGACUUACUAAUGGCUACUUGACAAGUGUGUUGAUGAUUUUGGCUCCCAAGAUCGUCCAAUUACAGCAUGCGGAGACUGCAGGGAUUGUGAUUGUGUUGUUCUUAGUUGUGGGUUUGGCUGUUGGUUCAGUUGUAUCUUGGUUCUGGGUCAUCUGA